UUGGUGUCAGUCAGUCUUGAAGCGGAAUCAGUUCGGAACGGUUUAUCACAGCUGUCGCGGGUGCUCGGUGUUUAGGCGAUCAGCCGUGAACAAAUUGCAAUCUCCAUCAACAAUUCGUGUCUCGUUAGUGCCCAAUUAGUAUUUCGAUCAAGGCACGGCAAGUGUAAAUUGGCCCGUCGUCUAUGUUUCAAGAUAAUACGGACUGAUUAGCGUAAAAUGUGAUAAGCGACAAUAACCGAAUCGUCGACGAAAAAGUGAGUUAGCAAUCCAGUGGCAGCCCUUCAUCCCGAGACUCUUAGGAUCAUAUUCUAUGUCUGAGACCUGAGGCACUCUCCAGGUGAUAAAAAAUUGAAAAACAACCCGGCAAAAUGAUUGUGGAACUCACGUUGAAGCAAAAAACGGCGACGCUGGCAUGCAUCACAGCUGUUGGCUGCGCGAUGUCAUUACUGAUCGGGCGGCGUACCAUUCCGCAAACGUUGCUGUCCGGAAUCGUACUGUAUCUGCUAAGCGGGGACAGGCCAACGAUGGUGUAUUCGAUGUUUCGGACUCUUCCCAGGGAUUUGAACGCCAUCGUAUGCUUCCUCCGCCUCAACAUCGCUCUGCACCGGUUCGACAACCGUAAGACGGUAGUGAAGGCUUUCGAGCAUGUUGCCGCCCGGCAACCGGCCAAGGUGGCUCUACUCAUGGACGAUACCCGGCUAACCUUCGGCGAGGUAAAGCAGCUCUCGGAUCGCAUUGCCAGUUAUUUCCACUCGAAAGGAUUUGCGAAGGAUGAUACGAUAGCACUGAUGAUGGAAACUCGCACCGAGUACCCGUGCGUCUGGCUGGGACUGGCCAAGCUCGGUGUCGUGACGGCACUGAUCAACACCAACCUGCGGCGGGAAACGCUGAGGCACUCGAUUGCGGUGGCUAAUUCGAAAGCUAUCAUUGUUAGCUCGGAACUGGCUGGAGCCAUCGCCGAAGUGAUUGAUCAAGAAGGAGUGAAAGGUCUCCCCAUUUUCGUAUACGGCUCCGAGCAGUCUUCAGACCCGAUUAAACUGGAGCAAUUGCCAGCUGCCGAGGACUUGCGGCACGCUCUGAAUGGCGUACAGAAUGUAGACUUAAGCGCUAUCUGGGAUGAUGUAUCACCGAAAGAUAAAUUAGUUUACAUCUACACGUCCGGCACGACCGGGAUGCCCAAGGCUGCUGUGAUCACCAAUUCCAGAUUCAUCAUGAUGGGCAGCGGAGCCUACUACAUGCUGAGCUUACGCGACGAUGAUGUCAUUUACAAUCCGCUGCCACUGUAUCAUUCCGCGGGCGGAAUGGUCGGUAUGGGCUCUGUACUACUGUGCGGUCUGACGAUGGCACUGCGGAAAAAGUUUUCGGCAUCUAACUUCUUCGUGGAUUGCUCCAAGUACAACUGUACGGUCGCCCAGUACAUUGGGGAGAUCUGCCGGUUCGUUUUGGCAACGCCUCCGAAACCAACCGACACUCAGCACCAGAUUCGAGUAAUGUUCGGCAACGGGCUUAGGCCGCAGAUCUGGACCCGGUUCGUUGCGCGAUUCAAUAUCAAACAAAUUGCCGAGUUUUACGGAUCAACCGAGGGGAAUUCCAAUUUGAUGAACACCAAUAAUACGGUUGGUGCGGUUGGAUUUGUACCGGCAUUUGCUGGAAAGAUCUACCCAGUCACUUUGGUUAGAUGUGAGGAAGACACCGGUGAAAUAAUUCGAGGCAGUGAUGGUUUCUGUAUUCGAUGCAAACCCGGAGAGCCGGGAGUUUUCAUUGGAAAAAUUAAUCUGAAAAAUUCACUCAACUCAUUCGUUGGUUAUGCCGACAAAAAGGCCUCCGAUAAGAAAGUGCUGCGUGAUGUGUUCGCUAAGGGCGAUAUGUUCUUCAAUUCUGGCGAUAUUUUGGUGGCGGAUUUGUUCGGAUAUUUCUAUUUUAAAGAUCGUACGGGAGAUACUUUCAGAUGGCGCGGAGAAAAUGUCGCCUCGUUUGAGGUCGAGAACGUCAUCGCUAGUAUCGUCGGGUUGACUGGAUGCGCCGUUUAUGGAGUUGAUAUCCCCGAAAUCGAAGGAAAAGCAGGUAUGGCGGCGAUUGUGGACGCCGAAGGCAAGCUGGAUUUAGAGCAGCUUGCGGCCGGUAUUCGGGCCACUUUACCGGCAUAUGCGAGACCUCUGUUCAUUCGAGUGCUGACCGAAGUCCCUAUGACGACAACCUUCAAGUUAAUCAAACGUGACCUGCAGCUCGAGGGCUACGAUAUUACCAAAAUCAAGGAUCCGAUCUAUUUCCUGCAGAGCAAUGGUAGCUAUCGUUUGUUCAGUCAAGAGGAUUACGACAUCGUGAGUAGUGGCAGGGGCAAGUUUUAGAUGACCUAGCACACUGUUUGAAACGCGGUAAACUGAUUAAUAUAGAUAGCUCGAUGUGCCAAAAACACACUUCCCCACUAUUCCAAAUCGACUGAUAGUUUUGUCUAGUUUCUAAAUUUAGCUGUUUAGUUGAAUAGCUUUAGCGUAUGAAUGUUAUAGUAAAGAUAAUUUAUUUUUAGUUCAAUUAUUUUUUUUUUCAAAUCCAUUUAUUGUUCGUCAUACCAAAUGUUAUUUUACAUAAGAAAAUAAAUGAAUAAAUAAUUAAGUUUUA